GCCCCAGUGUCAGCGCGAGUUGGCCGUUUGCCAUCUCAGCUGCAGAGCCCGGAGGUGAAGUCGUUGCCUUCUGCGUGGUCUCCGCAUACACAAUCUGCGGUUCAAGGAGGCUUUGCCACAGCCGCCGGUGUGCUCUUUGCUGCAAAGACCUACAGCAAAGAGGCCCCGCGGUGGAGUGCGGGAAGAGCAGGAAGCCAAGCAGAAGCACCUCCAGGCAGGCGAAGAUGGAAAGGAGCUGCGCCGGUUCCAACAGCCAUCUCGGUCAGCAUCGGUUUGAUCAUCCGCUUCCUAUGCCCAGUCCCUGAAGGAGUUUCUACGCAAGGUUGGUCCAUCCUUGCCCUGUUCGUGGCGACGGUCGCCGGCAUCGUGACGCAGCCUUUGCCCUCUCCAGGUGUUGCGUUCUGCGCACUGGCUGUGGGGCUAAUGACGAAAACGUUAGCUUUUGCAGAGGGUGUCGCAGCUUUCACUGACGAGGUACUUUGGUUGGUACUGCUUGCGUUCUUCUUCACCAAGGGUUUCGCAAAGACCGGCCUUGGUGAUCGAAUUGCUUUGAGUAUUGUCCGCCUCGUUGGCGGCACAACGCUGGGGCUGGCCUAUGGAUUGAACGCAGCAGAAGGAGUAUUGGCUGCCGGCAUGCCCUCUUCUGCAGCGCGAGCCGCCGGCGUCUUUUAUCCAUUGGCCGACUCUGUGGCAAAGGCAUGCGGCUCUGACCCAGCAAAGAACCUAGCCAAAAACACCGGCGGCUUCCUGGUGCAAAGUGCUUUCCAGGCCACCGGGAACUCAUCUUCCUUGUGGCUGUACGGCGCAGCGCAGAACUUGCUCGCUUUGAGGCUGGCUGGUCAGCUGGGAUACGUUGUCCCAUCUCCCUUCACAAGCUGGCUCAAGGCCAGCUGCGUGCCGGCCUUGACAGCUAUGGCCCUCACACCGCUGGUGACAUUCUGGGCCCUUCCGCCUGAGGUCAAGCAGACUCCCGAUGCGCCCAAAGAGGCGCAGCGGAAAUUACAACAGAUGGGGGCUAUGAAGACAGACGAGGCAAUUCUUGCGAGUGUCAUCCUGGGCAUGCUGGUCCUGUGGGCCUGCUCUUCUACUCUGGGGAUUCCUGCCGUGCACACCGCGGUCCUGGGACUUGCAGUCUUGCUGCUGACUGGAGUGCUGACCUGGACUGACUGCGCCGGCGAGAAGGGCGCUUGGACCACGAUGACAUGGUUUGCCAUCCUUGUGAGCAUGAGCGCAAUGUUGAACAAGCUCGGCAUUGUGAGGUGGCUUGCAGGGUCAAUCUCUGCCAAGAUCACCGCAGCUGGACUGUCGGGUUGCCCUGCUUUCCUGGCCUUGCUGACUGUCUACGUCUUCUCUCACUACGUCUUUGCCUCGCAGGUGGCGCACCUCAGCGCCAUGUACCUGCCAUUUAUUGUGAUGAUGGUGGAAACCGGAACGCCGCCCAUGGUUGCUGUCUUCUCGUUGGCCUUUGCGUCGAACAUUUUUGGCUCCAUGACGCCCUACUCCUCCGCCCAGGCUCCCGUCUUCUUCGGUGGCAACUAUGUGUCCUUGAAGGAUUGGUACAGGCUGGGCCUGAUCUUCAUUCUCUUCAACAUGGUUGUGUGGGUUGGCGUGGGUGCCAUCUGGUGGAAGGUGAUUGGAUUAUACUGA